AGCCGCGGCGGCGGGACGCGGCGGGUGGCGGGUCUCGGCGCCUUCGGUUCCUGCGCCGGCUUCGGAGGCGGCGGCGGCGGCGGCCCGGGAUGGCCUUCAUGGAGAAGCCGCCGGCCGGCAAGGUGCUGCUGGACGACACGGUGCCGCUGACAGCGGCCGUCGAGGCGAGCCAGAGUCUGCAGUCGCACACGGAAUAUAUCAUCCGAGUACAAAGAGGAAUUUCUGCAGAAAAUAGCUGGCAGAUUGUGAGAAGAUACAGUGACUUCGAUUUACUCAACCACAGCUUGCAGAUCACAGGCCUAAGUCUACCUCUUCCUCCCAAGAAACUGAUUGGAAACAUGGACCGUGACUUCAUAGCUGAGAGGCAGAGAGGCCUGCAGAACUACCUUAAUGUUAUCAUGGCCAAUCAUGUCUUGUCCAAUUGUGAGCUGCUUAAGAAGUUCCUAGACCCAAACAACUAUUCUGCAAAUUACACUGAGAUCGCCUUACAACAGGUUUCCAUGUUCUUCCGAUCAGAGCCAAAGUGGGAGGUGGUAGAACCACUGAAAGACAUAGGUUGGAGGAUAAGAAAGAAGUAUUUCCUGAUGAAAAUUAAAAACCAACCAAAGGAGCGGCUGGUGUUGAGCUGGGCAGAUCUUGGCCCAGACAAAUACUUGUCAGAUAAAGAUUUUCAGUGUCUAAUCAAACUUCUGCCUUCCUGUGUGCACCCUUACAUAUAUCGGGUUACCUUUGCCACGGCUAAUGAAUCCUCAGCAUUGCUGAUUAGAACCUUUAAUGAAAAGGGAACUUUGAAGGAUCUGAUCUAUAAGACAAAACCAAAGGACCCCUUCCUAAAGAAGUACUGCAACCCCAAGAAAAUCCAGGGCCUUGAACUCCAGCAAAUAAAAACAUAUGGACGGCAGAUAUUAGAGGUACUGAAGUUUCUCCAUGACAAGGGAUUCCCUUAUGGCCAUCUUCAUGCGGCUAAUGUGAUGAUGGAUGGCAACACUUGCCGGCUGCUCGAUCUUGAAAAUUCCUUAUUGGGUCUUCCUUCCUUCUACAGAUCCUACUUCACACAGUUCAGGAAAAUCAAUACAUUGGAAAGUGUAGAUGUCCACUGCUUUGGCCACUUACUGUAUGAGAUGACUUAUGGACGACCACCAGACUCCGUACCUGUGGACUCCUUUCCUCCUGCACCAUCCAUGGCUGUGGUGGCCGUGUUGGAGUCUACGCUGUCUUGUGAAGCCUGUAAAAAUGGCAUGCCUACCGUCUCCCGGCUCUUACAGAUGCCAUUAUUCAGUGAUGUCUUACUAACAACUUCGGAAAAGCCACAGUUUAAGAUUCCCACAAAGUUAAAAGAGGCACUGAGGAUUGCCAAAGAAUGCAUAGAGAAGAGACUCACUGAGGAACAGAAGCAGAUUCACCAGCAUCGAAGAUUAACGAGGGCUCAGUCACACCAUGGGUCUGAAGAAGAAAGGAAAAGGAGGAAGAUCUUAGCUCGAAAGAAGUCAAAACGAUCUGCUGUUGAAGACAGUGAAGAACAGCCACUGAAGCACAGCAACUCCAACAACUCGGCAGGAUCUGGGGCCAGCUCACCCCUCACAUCCCCGUCAUCUCCAACCCCACCCUCCACAGCAGGGUUGUCUUCUGCAUUACCUCCACCUCCUCCACCACCUCCGCCUCCACCUCCACCAGCAGGUCCCUCAUCAACCUCAGGCACAGAGAUGCCUACUCCACUCCUGCCCCAGGCUGUGAAUGGUGUGAACCGUGGGGCCUUGCUCAGCUCCAUCCAGAAUUUCCAGAAGGGAACUUUGAGGAAAGCCAAAACUUGUGAUCACAGUGCUCCUAAGAUUGGCUGAUGCUUCCUGUUUACACUGGGAGGGCAAGCUCUUCUGUCCCACUCCUACCCCUGAAGUCCUCUUCCUAGGUGAGUCCUUGCAGAGCCAGCACAGCCAGCACUGCAGACACUCCAAUGAAGAGGCUUUUCAAGAGGGAAAUGCUCUCCAAGUAGAAUAAAGUGGGGCCAGCAUUGCUGCCUUAAUGAGUAUUUUGCUCCUUUGUGACUCUAAUGGGCUUCCUUUAGGGGCAGUGGCAUAUGGGAAUCAUUGUUUUCACCAGCUAAAGGAAAAUGACAAUAAAACAAAAGCAAUGACAAUAUUUUGUCACAGCAGCAAAUGGCCUUUGUGACUGCCCCUCCUACUAUAUCAGAAGUGUUCUCUAGCUCAUUCCUCUAAAGCAUAUUUUGAUUAUUUCUUAGGUAGUUUCCAUUUGUGCAACCCUUCCUUCUCAGACGCUAACCCUGUAACCAAGGUGGUGCCCUUAUGAGGCAGAGGAGCAGCUCUCACUCCCUCAUACAGGACAAGGAGAGUUACUCAGCCUCAAGUUCAGUGGGAAUCUCACUGCGCUGAGCAGCCACUCUGGAUUCAUAGUUGUUCUCAGCUAUACUGUAUUGAAACAGAACAUUAACCACAGAUAAAGGUCUUGCUAGGUAAAGGACUUAAUCCCCAGCAGUUACGUCCACUUUGGGUAGAGAGAGGGAGGGCCAGCAUUGCAAGUAAAUCUGGCAUCUAUAGCAAUCACUUCUGAUUUGAUUUAUCCAACUUCAGAAUCUUUUUGAUGUUACUCAGUUAUUAGUAAUCCUUUAUCUUAUGAUUUUCUUAAAAUUUAAAAUUUUCAUUUUAAAUAAACUGCACUUUAAAGGAUUAUAAAAAAUCCAUUUUAAAAUUCAAAUACACACAUCAGUGUUGGUUACUAUGCAGAAAGAAUGUCAUCGUGUAUAGUUUCAUAUAAUCUGUGAUACAUGUUCAGCUGUAUUUUUUAUUAAAAACAAAUCAUGUCAAGAAA